CAGGAGAUCUGUCAUAGCCACGUGAUGGUAUAUUAUUUGCAGCACAAACCUUUGACACCCACAACCACACAAUCAUUGUACAAAAAGACAGAUAAUGGGGCACUUCCAGAUUUACCUUUUUGUUUUCUUGGGAUUGCUUCUAAUGACCAUUUCUGGAGAGGAAGAUUUAGCUGAAUCAAAAGAGUGUGAGGAUGCUCCCUUCAUUCCAGGAUACAAUCUUGCUGGAGAAGGAUUUGAUGUUGUGACCAUGGAGAGAAAAGGUACUUAUGUGAUCAACACAGAAAAAUGGGAUUUAGGAAACGGCACUUGUAACUUGCGCAAAAACAAGUACAUGAAUGGAAUAAAACAGAAGCUACCGGCAGCAGUUGUAGACUGGAGGACCUUGCCAAAGUGUUCGAUGAAAGUCUCCAGUCAGAUCUUUGAAUCAAGUGAAGCAGUGGUCAAUGAUUCUUCAUCAGCACUCUCAGUCAGCUGGAAAGUUGGUAUAAAUGUAAAGGCUGUUGGAGCUGCAGUUGGAAGCACUCAUUCCAGGGAAGCAAAAUUUGCAAUGAAAAAAUCAAAAGAGGACAAAUACAGUUUUACCAAACAUGAAGUUGGAUGCAAUUUUUACAGAUAUUCUGUAGCUGCAAAGCCUCCUCUUCAUGCAGAGUUUCUUGAAGCAAUCAAAUCACUCCCUGCAUCCUAUGAUCCAGAUGCCUACUACAACCUGAUCACCACAUAUGGCACUCACUAUACCACAAAUGUCAAAUUAGGAGGAAAAAUGAAAGCCAUAACAGCCAUCAAAAGCUGUCAGGCAGCAGUGAGUGGACUUACAGACACUGCAGUGAAAGACUGUUUGGAUGUUGAAGCCUCUGGUUCAUACAGUGUAGCAACUUUGAAGGCAGAGACACAUUUUUGUAAAGAAAAGAAAAAGAAGAUGGGCACAAAUGAAAAGUUCAGCUCCAUGUUUAAUGAGCGCCAGACAGAGAUUGUAGGAGGAAACAUAAAUGGAGAAGAUCUGCUUUUCUCUGGUUCAUCACACCCAAAUUCCUUUAAAAAAUGGCUUGAGUCUUUGAAAAGUCUUCCUGACAUUGUGCAUUAUUCUCUGAAACCCCUCCAUUUCUUACUGAGUACUAAACACCCUGCAAGGAAAGGACUGAAGAAAGCUGUUGAAGAAUACAUCAUUCAAAAUGCCCUCAUGAACAUUUGCUCUGAGCCUUGCAAUAUUGGCAGGAAGUGCAGUGCAAAAGACCGAUGUGCUUGUGUUUGUGAAAGUAGUCAAAUUAUUAAGUCUAACUGCUGUCCAACAGCAAAAGGACUUGCCACCCUGAAAGUCUACAAUCUCAAAGCCAAAGGUCUGUAUGGAGAUGUACAUACUGAAACAGAUGGCACUGUAACUGUUACAUAUGACUCACAAAUAAAGCGCACUGAGACCAUUAAUGAUAAUGACAAUCCACAUUGGCCAGAAACAUUUGAGUUUGGUCCUAUUAAGAUCAAAAUGGCCAAUAAACUAACUUUUGAAGUAUAUGAUGCAGACAGCUACUGGAACAGCGAUCCCCUUGGUAAAUGCUCUUUUGAUCUUAGAAGUGGAGUUGUGACUGAUGCUUGUGCUUUUAAAUAUGGUACCUUCUUUUUUACCUAUGAAGUGAAAUGUGCACCUAGUCUGCAGGGCCCACAGUGUAAUGAACACAAACCUUCUCCAAUGGCUGGCCCUCUGGCUGAUAUUUUCAGCUCAAGAAAUGGUGUUCUGGUUAAAGACUUGCCGAGGCUUGAAUUAGCUGUCAAUAACUCUGAUAAGUUCACUUUCAAGAGUACUUAUGAAAAGCUGAUGAUGCUGUGACAUGCAUCUUGAAUUCUUUAUGCAUGAAAAAUAACCUAAUAUAACCUAACAG